GGAACAUCCCUUAACGACCCUAGUGGAAACUUGAAACAUACAUUUGACCUUGGUCUUCGUUCAAAAUGCGUCGGAGACUCUUGUCUGAGUCUCAAGUCGAUAAGGAGUACUUUAAUAUCUUGAUUGAGCAACAAAAAGUUGAUGACAUCACAAUUGGAGUCUUUUAUAGAUCCCGUACGUUGACCGUACUAGCUAUCAUUUGGCUAUGUUUGGCUUAUUUUGCUUUUUCAAGGUCCCCCUCACAACCACUACAGUAUAAUUUGUUUCAUGCUUUUAUAGCCGUGUGCGUCAUAUUUUUGCUGAUGUCGGUGAUGAUAAUGCCGAACGGUCCAUUUAUUCGACCACAUCCAGCACUGUGGCGAAUAGUCUUUGGAGCUAGUUUAUUAUAUUUUCUAUCCUUAGUUGCAGUUGUAUUUCUUCGUCUAGAUGAAGCUCGUGCCAUUUUAAUUUGGACAUAUCCUGAACUGAAACAUAUGCGUCAUUCUGAUAUUCUUGAUAAAGAGUAUGCCGUUAAUUGUAGUCAGAUAUCAUUUGCUCGUGUUUAUUCUCAUAUGGAUAUUUUUGCUUUGGCACAUUUUUGUGGUUGGCUUAUUAAAGCUGUUCUAUUAAGACAUCAUAUUAUUGCAUGGACUUUAUCAAUUAAUUGGGAAAUAACUGAGGUAGCUUUUUCACAUAUUCUACCAAAUUUUAAUGAAUGUUGGUGGGAUAGUCUCAUCUUAGACAUAUUAGUCUGUAAUGGUUUAGGCAUACAAUGUGGUAUGUGGUUAUGUCGUUGGUUAGAAAUGCGUGAUUAUCAAUGGGAUUCUAUUCGUAAUAUACCAAGUACACGUGGUAAAUUAAAACGUGCUUUCUUACAAUUUACACCACGCAGUUGGAUACCUACACGUUGGUUACAUCCAGAUUCAUCGAUAUUACGAAGUUUUUUACUAACUCAAUUAAUAUUAGUUUGGCAAUUAGCUGAAUUAAAUUCAUUCUUUUUAAAACAUAUAUUUAUUGUAAAACCAAGUCAUAUUCUAACACAAUUACGUUUACUUUUAAUUACAUGUAUAUCUGCACCAGCUAUAAGACAAUACUACUUAUAUGUCAUUGAUCCACAUAUUAAACGUUUUGGAUCUCAAUUAUGGCUUUUUCUCGCAAUCAUUCUUACUGAGUCAUUAGUUUGUGUAAAAUUGGGCAGUGAAAUUUUUGAAAAUACAGUCUUUUGGAAUUUAAUUUAUUGGGGUAUAUGGAUGGUAUUCAGUUCUUUUUUAACUGUAUGGAUUGGUCGAAAUUUAUCAAUUGGUGGUGGUUAUUCAUCGAAACGAUUGUCAUCAUCAUCAUCAUCAUUAGUUAAUCAAGAGAAUAAUCAAAAUAAUCAAUCAUUGAAUAUUGUCAAUUCCGAAGAGAUUUUUCAAAAUCUCAAUCACAUGGAUAAUAAAUCACAUCAUCAAGUGACCAUAUCAAAUGAUGAUAUUAUUACAUUACAAACAAGUAGUACAAUGCCUUCAUCAUCAUCACCAUCAUCAUCGUCCCCAUUAUCCUCUAAUUCACUGACCAAUACUUCUAAUCAUGUCAAAAUUGAUUAGUAACGAUAAUAAUACUUACUAAACCAAUUAAUUGUAUGGUAGCGUUACUCUCUUGUUUAUCGACAAUCAAUUCAGUAGUGGAGUUUGUACACUGCAGUUGGAGGGAAUAAUAAUCAUAACAACAAUAGUUGGUAAUAUUUGCCAAAUGAUUGAUUCAGUUAUUUUGUAUUUAUAAUUCACUUGUUCUUUAUGAAAUGUAGUUAUUAUUAUUAUUAUUAUUAUUAUUAUUAUUAUUAUUAUUGGUAUUAUAUUGAAGAUUGAAUUAAACACAGUCAAUGAUUACCUG